CCAUAGGAGGAGCUAAUAUUGACGUCACCAAAAUGCGACAGACGUAAAAUAACACGAGGAUGAUCUUCUGGGAUUUCAGAGGAUAAUUUUGAACACUUUGGCUCACAAAACCAAGUAUAAUAUAUACUUUUCAAUCUGGAAUUUUGGAGAACUGCAAAAUGUCGGAUUUUUCCUCUCUCGGUCUGUCAGAUUGGCUGAUUCAACAAUGUAAACAAAUGGGGAUCAGUAAACCAACUCAAGUCCAGGAAAACUGUAUGCCACCGAUUCUGGAAGGUCGGGAUUGUAUGGGUUGUGCCAAGACUGGCAGUGGAAAGACAGCUGCCUUUGUGCUACCAGUGCUACAGAAAUUAUCUGAGGACCCAUAUGGAAUCUUCUGUUUAGUUCUCACACCUACCAGGGAAUUGGCUUACCAGAUUGCUGAACAGUUUAGAGUCCUGGGAAAACCAAUGGGCUUGCGGGACUGCAUCAUUGUUGGUGGAAUGGAUAUGAUCACACAGGCCUUGGAGCUCUCUAAGAAGCCACACGUCGUUGUAGCCACUCCAGGAAGACUGGCAGACCACAUUCGGAGCUCCGACACAUUCAGCAUCAAGAAGAUCCAGUUUCUGAUCCUUGAUGAGGCCGACCGCCUGCUUGAGCAAGGCUGCACAGACUUCACCAAAGACUUGGAGGUGAUCCUGGCCGCGGUGCCUGUCAAACGCCAGACGCUGCUUUUCAGUGCCACCCUCACAGACACACUACAGGAGCUCAAGGGCAUCGCCAUGAACAAGCCCUUCUUCUGGGAAAGCAAGUCCGAGGUCCGCACGGUAGAGGAGUUGGAUCAAAGGUACAUCCUGACACCAGAGAAAGUGAAAGAUGCCUACCUAGUGCACCUGAUCCAGAAGUUUCAAGAUGAGCACGACGACUGGUCGAUCAUGAUCUUCACCAACACCUGCAAAAAUUGCCAAAUCCUCACAAUGAUGAUGCAGAAAUUCAACUUUCCAACCAUCUCCUUGCAUUCAAUGAUGAAGCAGAAACAACGUUUCGCCAACCUCGCGAAGUUCAAGUCCAGUGUCUUUAAAAUCCUGAUUGCAACUGAUGUGGCUUCCAGAGGUCUAGAUAUUCCAACAGUCCAGGUUGUCAUCAACCACAACACGCCAGGUCUGCCCAAGAUCUACAUUCACAGAGUCGGCCGAACUGCCAGAGCAGGAAGGCAUGGUGUCUCGAUCACACUGGUGACACAGUAUGACAUCCACUUGGUUCAUUCCAUUGAGGGACAGAUCCAGGCCAAACUGAAAGAAUAUCCAGUGGAGGAGAAAGAGGUUCUGAAGAUCCUCACUCAAGUCAACGUGGCCAGACGGGAGUGUGAAAUUAAACUUGAGUCAACGGAUUUUGAUGAGAAAAAGGAGAUCAACAAGAGAAAACAGAUGAUUUUGGAGGGGAAAGAUCCAGACGUGGAGGCAAAGAGAAAGGCUGAACUGGAGAAGAUAAGGAGUGAGAAGAAGUUGUUCAAGGAGAGGAUACAGGAAACAAUUCAGAAGAAACAACAUGGGAUGCAGAAGAAACUGAUGAAGCAAAAACACAUUCAAAAGGAAAAGGCAGUGAAGUCCACAUAAAGCAACACUGUACAUUUAUGAAUUGUUUCAUUGAAAUUUCAUUUCAACAUGUUUUAUCUGUACGUUUCCAAAUAAAUGGCAGUGCAUCAACAUUUUGCUUUCCAAACCUUUGACAGAAGCAAACUUUAUUAAUGUUUUACAAGAAAGGACUCAAGGCGAAAUGUCUGGAAUUAAUUUUCACUGCAACUCCAUGAAUUGCACAUAUUUUCAAAUGCUGGGAAGGAAGGCAGAGAUUACUGUACUAAAAUAUCCUAAAACAUGUCAGGAAUCAAUAGAUAAUGUCGAUCAAACGACUAAGCAUGUUUCAACCACGACUAGCUAUUUGACAGCAUGAUUGUCAUACAAUGUCUUUUGGAUUGACAAAUUCAAAGUCAAGUGAUGACAAACAAAAAUUAAUGGACAUCGGAAGACAAAGCAGGUUGUGAGCUAAAAUUAAUAUUCUCAAUUUGGUGCUAAGCACCCAAACAUUUCUAAAAACUGAUAGACAAGGAUUUCUAAAUACAAAAGUCCCAUGGAUAGUUUAAAGGACAAAUCCACAAAAACUAUUAGUCCACUGUUGAUACAGUCCCAAAAUGUUUUGCAUGUCAUCAUAAUGACGUGGAGGUGACACUGAUUAAGUCCAAUAUCUUAACUUUUGGGGCCAUCACCAGUUGGACUAAUGAAAAAAAUAGUUUGUGGCUUUUCCCUUUAGGGAUUGAUUUAAAACCUAAAAAUAAAACCAUUAUUUCACCACCCUUUGUCAUCAGAUAACUACUUAGGUCAAAUGUUGUCUACAACCCCCCCCCUCCCCACAACACACACACAAAAAAA